AUAGGCACUGACAUUUUAGUGUAAGACUCACGAGUGGAUAUAUGGAAGUGCCUGCAUGUUUCCUCCGCUAACAUUUUCUAAUUGUGCAAUUUGAAUGCCUUGAGAGGAUACCUUCAUAACCUUAAUUAGAAGAUGGCUAACAAGGCAGAGUCCACAAUGAGCACUACCACUAGUGAGAGUGUGUCCCACAGUGUGCUGAGCUGGGACCAGGUGAGCCGUCUCAAUGAGGUCCUGACAGCAGUGGUGCCGGUCCAUGGCCGAGGUAACUUCCCAACCCUGGAGGUGCGGCUGAAAGACAUUGUUCAGAUGGUGCGCACCCGUCUGGAGCUAAGGGGAAUUAAAGUGAAAGAUGUUCGUCUGAACGGCUCUACAGCCAGCCACGUGCUGGUGCAGGACAUUGGCUGGAGCUACAAGGACCUGGACAUCAUCUUCAGGGUGGACCUACCCCAGGAGUCAGGGUUCCAGUUGGUCAAAGAUGUGGUGCUGGGCACUCUGCUGGACUUCCUCCCUGAGGGGGUGAACAAGGAGAAGAUCACUCCCAUGACCCUAAAGGAGGUCUAUGUUCAGAAGCUGGUCAAGGUGUAUACAGAGCAGGACCGCUGGAGCCUCAUCUCCCUCUCCAACAACAACGGGCGCAACGUGGAGCUGAAGUUUGUGGACUCUAUCCGCCGGCAGUUUGAGUUCAGCGUGGAUUCGUUCCAGAUCGUGUUGGACUCGCUGCUCUCCUUUUACGACUUCUCGCCAGAGAACCCUAUGUCUAGCCACUUCCACCCCACCGUGGUGGGUGAGAGCGUGUAUGGGGACUUUGGGGCUUCUCUGGACCACCUCAUGAACAAACUGAUCGCCACCAAGCGGCCGGAGGAGAUCCGUGGCGGCGGCCUUCUCAAGUACUGCAACCUACUGGUAAGAGACUUCCGGCCCACCUCGGAGGAGGAGUUCAAGGGCCUGGAGCGUUAUAUGUGCUCCCGCUUCUUCAUCGACUUCCCCGACAUUGGUGAGCAGCAACGGAAGUUGGAGGCCUACCUGCAGAGCCACUUUGUGGGUGAGGAGAAGAGCAAGUAUGACUACCUCAUGAUCCUGCGGCGCGUGGUCAACGAGAGCACGGUGUGCCUCAUGGGUCACGAGAGGCGGCAGACCCUCAACCUCAUCUCGCUGACGGCCUUCAGGGUGCUGGCUGAGCAGAACGCCAUCCCAGACGCCUCCAGUGUCACCUGCUACUACCAGCCGGCGCCCUACGUCCGAGACCACAACUUCAGCAACUACUACGUUGCCUCGUGUAACCAGAAUAUUCCAACAUGGCUGCCAUGUAACUGAGAGACCCAUAUAACACGAAGACUGCUGCUUUGAGAAAGGGGAAAAAAGUCAGAUGUGCCAAAAAAAUUGAAAUUAGGCCAUAACUGGCAUUUCGCUCUGUAGUCAUAAAGGAUAUAUUUAAAUGGCCAAGUGUUUUGAUUUUGGUCUCCCUUCUCCUUUCUCAUUCCUUAUCUACAGAGGUGUCAAGAUCAUUGGAUCCAAAGUGAUAUUUUUUUGCCUUUUCUCAGAUUGUAAUGUUUUUGUUUCCCCUAAUGAGAAGAUUGGUUUCAAAUUAACGUCCUGAUUCAAGAAUGAGAUCUACUUGGUGCCCACAUGUUAAGUGUAUUUGGUCCAUCUUCAAAGAAAGGGAAACAAAUAUUUAGAAGUUUAUUUGGGUUUUGCUCCUGUGUGUAUUGAAGAAAGAAAAAACGCAGAAAAUUGUCGUUUAAAAAAAAAGAAGAAAAAAAGUGUAUAAUUUUUUUUUAUAUAUGGUUAACUAAAGAGAUGUGAAGCACAAGGUGUAAAAGGUAAUCCUGAGAUGACAUCAAUGUUUAGUUCACUGAUGAGCAGUAUGGGUUUGCUCAUCAGUCUUUGAGGAAUUUUCUAUUAGUGAGAUGACUGUCCCAUCUCCUUUAGAAGGCAUCCAAGUUACAAGGGAGGCAGAGGAAUGGCUAAUUUUGUUUUUAAAUCAAAGGUGUAAAAAAGGAAAGGUAAUCUGACCGAAUAUCACUAGCGCAGUGCUGCCAGAGUGCCUGUGCUGUGUAGACUUUGUAGAGAAAAAUGUGUUAUUUUCUGCUGUGACUUGCCUCCUUCCUAAAUCUGUUCAGCCAAUACUAUGUAUAAACAAUAGUUCAUACUAUGUAGGGUGCAUCUCAAUAGUGUUAAGUGGCUUCCUCUCCUUAGUAUCCUCUCCUCCAUGCAACAGGUCAAAUAGAAAUGUAGACUGCCUAUCCAAACCUUUCACCUGUUUGUGGUAAUGCUUGAAAGGAAAGCAAAGGAAGCCAUGAACGAGUAUUGAGAAGCACACCAUGCAGUGUAACUCUUUGGGCCUUUUUGCUCACCGAUCGUGGCUAAUGUAUGUUGUGGGGAGUUGCUAUUCUUUUCUUUUAAACCUCUUCCAAAACAUUGGUGCAGCAGUGACCACUCAGAUGUCAGAGUUUAUGGUCCAUGUGGUGGGGUCUGUACUGUAAGCUCAUUCGGAGAACAGGACUUCACCUCCCUCUUUCUGGAGUCUAGUCUGAGAGUCCGGGAGAGACUGUCCUUUCCCUUAAAAGGAGCCCCACUUGGCGGGCCCUGGAACCCCUUGCAGGCCUUCCUUUGCAGGCAGUGGCCUGAAAUGGGAUCCCAGUCUGGUGCAGGCCAGCUGGCAGCCAAUAAUGAAAGUGGGGAGGGAGUGUAGGGUGGCGGGGUUGUGCCAGUGUGUGAUGGCAACCUUAUGCGUGGGGGCUGACUCACUUCCCUCUCCACCACCCCCUAAGGGUUUGCAGGGGCCAGGUUUGAACCCUUUUCUGGCCAUGGGAGGAUAGGGGAGCACUGCUGCCUGCCUGGCACAUUUGACGAAAUGUAAGUGUCUGGAAUUCCGUUCCUAUUUUGGACCUCACGUGUCUUGAUUUACAUGGCAGAAGUUGUACUCUGAUCUACGACAGGCAUCCGAGUACCCCCUCCCACCCUAAUUAAACUUUAAAACCAAUUUAGAAAUUGCACCCCCACCAUCUCCCUUUCUACUGACCUGGCAAUUUUAAUUUCCAGUCUAGUGAGCCAACUGUUCGCCUUAAGUAUUUCUGUCCAACCAAACCCAGGGACUUUUAUUUUUGGACCUAGAAGGCAACAUGGCUUUCACUGAUGGAUGAGCAGCAGUGACUCAACCGUUUGCCCUCCUGCCCCCCCCCCCCCCCCCCCCCCCCCCCCCCCUGCUUGCUGACAGCCUGCUCCCUGUCCCUCUACUCUGCUUACACUCCCUAGGUGCCAGCUGCUGCUCGAUCAACUUGUGCAAACUAAACUGCUCAUCCAGAUAAGAGCUAGGAUGUGGUUAUCUGCUCCGUUCACAGGCCUGGGGGGGGGGGGGGGGUCGGCAUGGUCUCUGGAGCGGGUCACACCCAUGGGUCGGGGCACGUUGAGCAGCCCAAACUAAACGUGGACACUGCUUUUAGUCCAAGGGCCACCCACUAAUAAAGGCUUCAGAAAAGGCAUUACGUGACCCAGGAAACAAAACUGCAAAGUUUCAACCUCAUUAUGUAGACAAUUAUAUGAACACAUUCAUUACAUUUUAUAAAUCAAUGGUACAAUUUCAAUCAGCUCAUUAUGGUUAAUUUCCCCUAGCAAUGGAGGUUGCCAUGUUAGUAGUUACACACUUUCUGCUGUCCAUGCUUGCAGAAAGCAAUGUACGGACCUGAGGAAUCACGAAAUAAUACGAGAUAAGAUAAACUGUUCCAAGUUGUUUAAAUUGCUUUAUGUAGCUGUUGGGACCUUGAAUGUUUUGAGAGCUGUGUUGGCUAGCAAAUGUGCUGUCUUUAGUUUGGCAAGCAGGCAAAAGCAAUGAUGGCCCUUGUAGGCUGUACAUCUUACAUUAACUGAGAACAACUGUACGUGGUUAAAACACAUUUCCUUGUUUCGGGGUUCAUCUGGAUCAGUGAAGGACCGGUAACAUGUUGCUUGAGCCUAUGCAAGGACAACCACUGAACUCAUGAAUAGUUCUGUGUGCAACAAAAGUAACCAACAUGUCCUUUUUUGAUGAGUUUUUUUUUUUAUAUAUAUAUAUAUAUUUUUUUUUAAAUAACAAAUGAAUGCAAGUUUUGAACCGGUGUUCAUAUUCAUAACAUAAUCUCUAAUGUUUUUUUUUAUUUCGCCAUCUUGUGUGCUGGGUCACGGAACAGCAAUUUAUUUUGUGGGUGGCAAUGGGACAAUUUUAAUCUGGGUUAGCUUUAGCUUAGCCACCAUGUGGGCACAUUUGGUGUGGACCAAAGUCUGAACCAGCAACUAAGCACUUAAGUGCCUUUACAUUUGGUGGGAUAAUUUUUUUUUUUGUGGGUGGGAGUUGAGAGAAUUAGUUAAGAGCUGAAUAGUUGCUACUAGUUACCAUGAAAUUGUCAUUUGCGUUUGGUUGAAUUCUAUUUUUCGUUUAUGGGUUGAGACACUGCCAUUGAAUUAUUUAUGUAGACCUUUUUUUGGUGUCAUGUGAAGUGUUUUUCUUCUUAAGCCCAACCCCAAACCAUACUUUGAAACUUAGCUGUCUAGUCAUUCCAGUAAUUAUUUGUCAUGAUCUACAUUUCUUUUUUUUGCCCCCACCUCCCUCCCCUUCAAUUUAUCGAAACCAAAGCAACACCUGCAGCUAGUGCAAUGACAAGCCAUACAUAAUAACUGUCUGGCGUCAAAUGACUUGUACACCCCACUCAAUGGAAGCACUUUAGAGGCCUUGUCUUACUCCAUACCCAGCUAGCGGAAAGUGUACAUGUACAUAAGCUAUGGAGGAGACUGUAUGUUGGAGGUGAGCUGGUUCUCAGGGAGGUUAAAUGUGUUGAAGGGCUGUUUCAGACUUUUGAAGGCUGGGGUGUAAACUUUUUGAACCUUGGAAUGUUUUUGAAUUGUGCUCCCAUCUUGGCCACCAGAUUCCUAUACUUGGUAUUUGUCUCCCUCUCUGGUGUGUAUUAGAGAAGACUUCUCAUCUGUCUCCGCGCUGAGACCAUUUCUGAGACCAUUUUUAAUUUGUGAAAGCUUGUUGCGUUUGGAGCCGAUGGUCUUUAACCUUGGUUCUGAUGAGUCACUUUUUUUACACAGCAUUACUUCAUAAUUCAGGUGGAGAGGAGCUGUCAGUCAUUCCUACAAAUAUUUACCACCAUGCAAAGUGAUGACUCAAUUGAGCUUUGAGCCAGAACCAGCAGCUCAGUAGCUCUCCAGAACCAGGGUUGUAGACGCACUGAUAUUGAAUUUGUGUAAAUUCUGUGUCUUUGUGUCCCUUACCCUGCCUGAAUGUGUUAUGGUUAUUGUGGUCUCUGUCUCUAUCCUAACUGGGAAUGUGUGCCUAUUUAUCAAUUGUAAACAGAUGAGUGUUAUGUAUGCUCCCCUAGAUAAGAAUGGGUGUGGCCAGGCUUGGCUAUGUGAUAUAUCGCUGCCCAUAUUUGGAGUUGUAUGUUUCAUGGAUGGUGCAAGUGAUGUUUCCCCCCCAUUUUUAUUUGUCCUAUUUUUUUUCCCCCCUCUUUCAUCUGCUGUAAUUCCAUGUGAUUUUGCGUUAUGGUCCCCUCGAUUGUCUGGAUUUCGGGGGGGGGGUUGGGUGAUUUUUUUUAUUUAUUUUUUCCCAAAGAGCAAGUCUUAUCUUUUUGGAAAGUGACGAUCCCUUUUUGAAGCUCUUUGCUAUUUUUGCAUUAAGAGUUGUGGAAUUUUACAGCAGAUUUUUUUUUGUGUGUACGAGGAUGCCUGUGUGGAUGUGAGUUAAGUUAAAGAUAUGAAAUUCUUGCACAUUUUAUUUUUUGAAAUGGUUAAUGGCAAAGAGCUGUCAGCUUUCUGAUUUAUGACGUUGAUGACAUCAUUAUACUAUUUCAUUUCAGCACUUUUACCUUUAGUUUUCCUUUUGGAUAGAAAUGUACUUCAGGAAAAUGUGUUUGAAGAGGGAAAAACAACAUUUAAAUAAAGUAUUAAAUUCCAAAUGUU